CAUCCAGCUCGUCCCGGGUGAACGGCGUCACAGACGCGAUGUGUCAUUUCGACGGAUAAAUGCCUGCCAGUUAACCCGUCCGCCGUCUCCCGUCUCCAGAGCUGCGAUCAUGUCGGAGAGCGGCCGCUAGAUCGUCUGACUCCCCGCGUCCACGCCGAUGAAAACACCUGCUCCGCAACAAGAACGCGCGUCCUCUCGGCUCGGCUCGCAUCCAUGAUGGGGAUGGUCAACAUGUCCCUCGUCUCGGUGACUUUGGCGCUGCUCGCCGUCGUCCUCUGCACUUCUCCGGUCAGCGGGAACGAGGACUGUCUGUGGUACGUGGACAAAAACGGCACCUGGCACAACGGCUUCGACUGCCCGCUCAUCACGUUCUGCUGCGGGAACUGCCACCGACGCUACUGCUGCCUGGACGCCUUCAAGAUGAUCACCGAGCGCGAUCAGAAGCGCUGCAUGCUCUUCCAGUUCAGCUCCACCACUUUAGCAGGCAUCGCCUCCUCCAUCCUUCUGUUCGUGGCCAUCAUAGCCACCAUGGUCUGCUGCUUCAUGUGCUCCUGCUGCUACCUGUACCAGAGAAGGCAGCAGAGGGGCAGGACCCCUUACGACGCCCAGCACAUCCCCAUGUCCAGCUACCCAGUGGAGCCCAUGUACGAUGCCUAUGGAAAGCCACUGGGGCCCUCUGACUAUCCACACCCAGGUUAUCCCAUGGCCCCUCAGUAUCCCGGCAUGCCCCCGCAGUACCCCAUGAUGCAGCCCGGCCCGUACCCGCCACAUCUGAUGGAUCCCGCUUACAGCCAGGCCCCACCGCCGUACUCUCCACCUCAGUACCCCGGUCACUGAUCACCUCAUCUCCAAGAAACGACGACUUCUGAGAGAAAUGACUGUUACAAAUGGAGACGGCAGCAACACUCUCUCUCCUGCACACUUACAUGAACACACACACACGCAUACACACUGCCACAUUCACACACACUAAAACACUACAGCGUGAUGAGCAGCGGUUAGCCUGUGAAAGAAAGCAGGAGGCACUUUAAGCUUGUAUUUUCGUUGUUGUUGUCCUACUUCUCCACAGUACUAAUGUAAAUCAGAUUCUGCCCUGCGACGUGACGCCUGAUCGCGGCGGGCGGGCGGGCUUCACAACGGGUGUCAUAUGAUCCUUAAAGUAUCUGCGGUUCAACGAUAUGCCGCCGCACCUGCCCUGAGGUUGUUACCCCGCAGAAACGAGGUCAGAGGUGCUUUAUGAGAGAAUUAAGCGCCCCCCCCCCUUUAGCUUGAUACGGGAAAAACACUCUACUUCCUCACGUUUGUUCAAUUUGACUCAAUAACAUUCCAGACUUUCUCUGUCGAUGAUCCUCAGAAAACUCGUCUUUGUAGAAACUAAACUGGGAACAAGGGAUGCAUGUUUUUAUGACGGUGCCAUGUUUAGCUCCAGGGCAGACAUCUUUGAAUUCUCUUAUGAUACUUCUCUAUAAGACGCCCGCUACUUUUUAACUCCGUUGCGUCGUUUUGUUUUUUUUGUAACUGAAGUAAUAACUCGGAGGUAGUUGUAUUAGCAGCACCCCUCCUCAUGUACCGUGUGAGCGUCGGCAUGCUCCCCUCGUCAGAGUUACCUGUCCUCCUCUGCUUCUUUUCCAGUCUCAUUCAGAAGUGACUCGUACAGACGUUUACCGUUUCACACUGGAAUCCACGUUCAGCGUUUAUUUCUCGUAACAUAUCAGAUCAGGGGAGUCGCAGGUCACGCUGCGUAAUU